AUGUUCGUCUAUCGCCGAGAGGAUCUGCCCCAAGACGCUGUCUUCCCAGCGGACUUAAAGAAACUUGGGUACUUCAUUACCAAAACCGAUCAAAUCAGGAAAAUUUCCCAUCCUGAGCAGGAGUUCCAGUUCAAGAUCAACAGACAUCCACGAUGGAACGAGGUUCACCGAGAAGCGAUGAAUGAAUGCAUACGGAACAUUGUUUCGUCUCGUUUGCGCAACUUGGGCCUGACUACCAUCCAGCUGCCUCUUUCGUCUGGACCAAAAACCCCCCACGUUCCUAUCUGGGUCUCUUCUAAUCUGUCUCGGGCGUCGCGUGUGGUCGUUGUCUUCGGAGAGCCUGUCCAAGACCUGGGGAUCUGGGCCUACCGCACUGUUGGCACCGAAGGCAUCGAUGCGGGUUCCGCCGUGGCCUUUGCGAAAGCAGUGCUCUACAAUGGUGCUAAAACCGACAGCACAGGCAUCGAUUCUGGCCUUCAACAAUCAGGCACGGCCCUCAUCCUGGCAAAUACAGGUCAGUUGAUCUGGCACUGCGGCUCGAGUCGUGCAGUUAGCCACCAGAGCUGGCUGGCACUACCGCGAUCCUCCGCUGUAGAGCCACCCUCGACGAUGACCCGUCGCAACAAGAUCCCUCAGAACGGCAGCUGGCAGGAACAUGUGGCUUGCGUCUUUGACGAGAUACUUGCGGCGCGCGGUCGUUUCGUCGGGGAGGACGCGAAGAUUGACAUCAUUGGAUUGGCUGAGGGAGGGCUGGGAGCGAUCAGAUAUCUCGCGGCUGACUGGGGGUCCUGGAAGCCGUACAUCUCCGCCAUCGCCCUGUCCAACCCCCUCCACUCUCCUCGAGUUGACCUCGUGGAGGAAGAUCCCGUAUCGCCAGGCUCUUUCACCUCGUUCAUAGCCUCCCGCUGCCGCGCCUAUGUGAUCUCUGAUCAGCCUCUGGAUUUCCCAGUCCCAGGCUUUGCCGAGAACGGCUGCAACUGCUACUCGUCCGGCGAGGGGCUGAAUGUGGAGUGCAUCAUGCCAAAGGCCUGGCGAAGCAUGCUUGAAUGGUUGGCGAAACUGCACGCGGAUCCCUCUGAAUGUGAAGCACAGGUCGAAUUCCGAAAAGUAGAUGGUGACGCUCCGGAGAGCACUGCAGAAGAGAACUAG